CUCUGUUUUCUUACUGACGACCUGUCACAUGAGACUGUCUGUUGUUUUGCCCUCAGCGUUGAGUUUCGUUUCUGUAUAAAUGCUCCACCUUUCAGGCAGUUCUUUAUAUAGACUCACCUGUACUUGUGUUCUCAUGGUGACAUCAGGAUGAAUUGCACAAUUGGAGUAGGUGUUGGAGCUCUCCUUGGAGCAGCCGGCUUUGCGGCGGCAGCACCAGUUGUGAUCACCGCAGCGGGCUUCACUUCUGCUGGCAUUGUUGCAGGAUCCAUAGCUGCAAAAUUAAUGUCAGCAGCAGCAGUUGCUAAUGGUGGUGGCCUAGCAGCUGGAAGUCUUGUUGCUAUUGGGCAGGCUAUUGGAGCAGCCGGGCUUGGGGCCACCGGCACAGCUGCCGCGGCAUCCGUAGGAGCCACCGUGGGUGGGGUGGUAGGAUGGGCAGCCUCCUAUGUUUUUUAAUUAAAUACAGUCCUAACAUUCCGCACCUUCAUGUUGUUAGAGUACUCAUUGUUUGCCAACAUUUCCCAUGUUUAUUUAAACUGCAUGAAAAGUAAAGUCCCCUGCUUACUGCUCGCUGCCCUCCUAUAUGAUUAUCAUUCAGUUUAAAUAAAAAUGACAACUCAAGACGUAUCUGUUUCUUCAGUACUUGGACUAAUCUCCCCCCUAAAAAAAAAACCCUCUUCCCAGUUAUGUUUGACUAAUGGCACUUAGUUAUUUACCUAGUUAACCCAGUGUAAGUAUGUAUUCAGUGAUGUAAACUUUAAAGCACUUUUUUUAAGUCGCUCUGGAUAAAAGUAUCUGCCAAACGCCUAAUUGUAAAUGUAAAUACAGUUCUUUAUUACAAAUAUCAUAAAAUUUAUAUUUUGGUCAAAUAUAUUAGCGUAAAAAUCUAUUGUGGUGUAAUUGUUGUGUAUCUAAAUAUAAAUGAAAA